UACAGCAAUUAGAAGUGAACUGCAUUCAUAACUAUACAUGGACAAGAUCCCAAACAUUACCUCCCUCUCUCUCCCUCUGUCUCGCUCUCUCCCAGGUAGUGAGUUUGGUCAUGUGAUCUAGCAGGGUAAAGGUGGACUGUAAUUCUGUCCCGCUGACUGAUUCCACUCUGACAGCCACUCAGCGAGGUGCCUCAGACGCUUUACCUGACUUAACUUCCUCCCAGCCGGCCUCAACUCCACUGGGACCCCAGCUGCCAUGUCCAUCAGCCGGAAGAACUGGUCGGCUCUGUCCCGUCUGGCCCGCCAGUGGACAGUGGAGGAUGAAGAGGAAGUGGAAAGGGAGAGGAGGAGGAAGGAGAGGAGCUAUAGCAGCACUGACCCCGACAAUGACCUUUCACCUGAAAACGACCUUUCUCCCCGACACACCCCCGGAAACCAACCCACCAAUGACAACGCUCCAAGCAUCACCAGUGCGGAGCUGCUCCAGCUGGACUUUGAGGAGAUGCUCAGUGUUCGAGACGAGAGGAGGAGGAACAGACACAUAGAGACUCUCAGACGACAGAAAGGAGAGGAGGAGGGGAGAGAUGGAGGGGAGGAGGGGAGAGAUGGAGGGGAGGAGGGGAGAGUGGAGCUAUUGGGGGAUGUGGAGGAAGGGGGGAGACAGACACCUCCAAUAGACACCCCCAUCCAACCUUCACCCUCAACCCCACCCUCAUCCAUAUCUUCACCCAUACCGUCAACCCCUACCAACCCCUUAGACAGACAGCAGCAGAAUGGUUCUCAGGACCCAGGCCCAGACUCCAAACUUCCCUUCAAGUUUGUCAGUUCUCUGUCCAUCUCCUUUGAUAAGAGUCCCUCCCCCAGCGGGCAUACAAGUCCCAUGAGCCCCCUUUCUCCCACAACGCCGCUGUCCCCCGCUAGAGGAGCUCAGAGCCCCACCCACUACGGACACACAGAGGGCAGUGUGGAUGGAUCCUCAGUUAGUUUGGAGCAGACGGCCAGACCAGCCUUCGCCAGACAGAGCUCUAGGACCGUCUCCUUCAGGAUGCUGAGGAAGAAAGAGGAGGAAAGCAUGCCUUUACAGAGGAGUGCCAGCGUCCGGAUGGCCUCCAAGACAUUUGAACCCAGUAGCUUGGACCAAACUGAGGAGCAGGACAAAGCAUCACCUUUCCAAAGGAAUUCCAAACAGAGGGUGUCAUCCCGUUCCAUCCAGGAGAAGAUGGAGAGACUGGCCCAUGCAGCUCAGAAGUCUGAGUCUCUGCGUUCUCCAGACAUUGCCCAUAGGACCCUGUUCCUGCUGGAUGAGGUUUCGAAGAAGAGAUGCCUGUUUGAAAAGGAUCAGGCAGCAGCUACGUGCAGCCCUGGGGUCCUCAGACAGGAACCUCGCAGAUUCGCGUCUGGAAUCUCCGACCGCAUCAACCGCUGGGUCAGCAAGACCAACAGACCUGGCGGCUCUGCCCACAAACCCAUGGAUCUGCAUCAUGUUGAUAUCCCCAGUAAGCGGAGUGCGUUUGAGAGUGCAGGGGAGGACAGCUCUCCUAACCCAAACCCCCACACCAAGGUCGAUAAGUGAAGAAGGACUCAAUGUAAACUGUAAUUUUACAGUUCAAAAGUGCAUAAAGACUGAGGUAGGGAGAAAGAAAGAUGUGGGGAGGAAGAGAGGAAAGGGAGGUGAUUAUUUCAACACUUUUAAAGGUGACUGACCCCAACCUGAUUCAGGGAAUUUUGGGAUUGUAAUUGUAAUAGGGUGAAUCUUUCUGUACUGCCAUAAAAUGACUCUACUAGCUAUGCCAAUGCUCUCUUAACCUUAAUCUGUCUCAAACCUAACCCUAAUCCUACCAUAUUAAAUCCCAUAACCCCUGACCCCUAACCCCUAAACAUAACUCCUAAGAAUGUGUCUAACCUUUAACCCUAAAUAAAACAUUUUAUAUCAACACUUUA